UUCAUAAAGUGGUACUUCAGUGAUCUAUGGGAAGAAUAGUCUACCAUUGUGCAAUCUACAGCUAUCGUGCGGGCUACAGUCGCUCUGAGUGUUAGUCACGGUUACCUGUUUUCAAAUACAUAAAUAUUAUUAAUUUAUAUAACCUGUGUAUAGAAUUUUGUACUGGGUAUCAGCUACGGUGGCUACAGUGGCUUGUGUAUUUAGGAACUGAAAUUAGUAACUUUUAAAUAAAUUUUGAUUGCAUGAAAAAUUAUGUCUGAGGUUAUACUCUUAAGUUCUUCAGAGGAAGAAGACACUUUAGAUGCUCCCAAAAAGCAAAUAAAACUUGCUCCCAUCUUACCCGAAUGUACUUUAACCAGAGUUUUUAAUAAAAAUGCAAGUAAGUUCACAGAAAAAAAUGAUGAUGCCACUGUCCUUCUGGACUCCGAUGAUAAUCUUGAAUGCGAAGACGAAAUUUUGCGGAAAAUAAUUUCUGGGCGGCAACCAAAUAAAUCGUUUCAAGGAGAUGAAAUUGUUGACUUGAUAGAUGAUGAAGUUGAAUGUAAAAAAGUGAUUGACAAUGGUUCCUUGGUUUUCAGUAAUGAAUUGGAAAAUAAAAAGCACAAUAAGGUUCUUGAUGCAGUUGUUGGCCUAUCGAGUGAGGAUAGUGAUAUAAACGUCGGUAAAAAGGAAAACUUUCCUAGUGAAAAUGGCAUAGAAAAAUCCAGUAUUUUAAUUAAUGAUACAGAUGAUGAAAAAGAAACUGAGAAUUCUCCAAAUGACACAAAAAAUGACCCCACCAAUUACAAUCCUGUAAAUAGUAUAUCAAAAAGCAAAUCUGAUUAUUUAGAGACAAAGGAAGAUUUUAAAAAGUUUUUGGAAUUGGUAGAAAAAUCUGUGAAAAACUCCCAGUUUGAAGAUAUUAUACCUAAAAAGCUACACCUGAUAAAAAGGCACUUUAACAAAUGUGGUUCAGCUGUUACACAUAAAUCUUUCAAGAAUAUUUUGAGCGAUUGUAUAGCAAAAACCCAAAACCCUUCGGCUUCUGCUGCAGUUAUAAAUUUCCACAAAAUGUAUGAACACUUGAAGCUGAUAGUGGGCAGGCCAAUUGAGGUCAAACCAGAGCUGUUACCUAAACUUAAAAAACUGCAACGAACUUUAAAAUUGUUGUCAGCAAAGAUAAAGACGUUAGAAGAAGCUGAAGUCAGUUGGGAUGAUGAGGAUGAUUCGAGUUAUUUACAAUUGCACAAGUAUCAACUGCGAUUUAACAUGGUGUAUGCUAAGUACUGCAAGUAUAUUGAAAAAAAUCCGUAUAGUGGACGCCUUACUCAUGACAAAAUCAACUUUGUCACGUCGUCUUAUAAUGAAAUUAACUUGGCUAUAAACAGAGAGUUUAAGAAUAGUAAGCGUUUUCCUAGUUACUGUGAAAUCGAAAACUUCAUUACAGCGGUAGUUGAGGAAAAACACCUCAAUAUGACGGAGUCGGAGAUUAAAAUGGAGAGUCAAAAAUGCUUCAAGGAAUUGGGAAGUAUUUUGCAAAAGAGGAGGAAAGCUGAACUGUACGACUGUCAUCUGAGUUUUAUUGAAGACAAAGAAGAUCCGGCAAUCAAAGAUGCCAGCUUAGAUAACACACUUCGGAAAAACCUUUUGGAAGGUGAAGAAAAGAUUGAAAAAUUAUGUCAGAACGAUGCAUCCCAAGGUUGCUGAAUCUACUUCUAGGCAUGUGAGUUGAUGCUUCUCGAUGGACAAAGGCUACAUAAACUCGUGACCAACACGCAGCAUUGAAGUUAGUGAAGCAUUUUAGAAGUGUACAUUUUGGCAAAAUCAACUGUUAGUAAAUUUUUGACAAGUUAUCAGUGUCAAAUACUUUUUUUGUGAUCUUUGUCAGUGAAUAUUAUUUCCGUAUUUUCAAAAUCAAAAUAGUGUAGGUUGGUUGUCUAUAUGAAUUAUAUUUUUGAUUUCUUACAGCAUUUUUAUGUUUAUCAAUCCUUUAUUGUAAAUAUUGUUUUUCUACUCCCUCCUAUAAACUACCUGAUUACCUACCAAUCUAGCGUGCCAUGUGAGUUUCUUGUCCCACUGGUCCGAGUCCAUUCAGACAUUUCCGUUAUAUUACUGCUGAGGUUUGGGAGCAAUCGGAGAUUUUGCCACACGUGAGUUUCGUCCCACAGAUCUGAGCCUCUUCGGACAUUUCCGGGAUAUUACCGCACGGAUUUCGGAGCAAUCGGAUGUUUUCGGAGAUUUUACCGCACGGCUUUGAUUUUGACGUUCGUCAGUGAAUGUAUUCGUGUUGUUUCGAAAAAAUGUACCCAAAAACUAACGGUUGCAGAAAAAUAUAGUACGCAACGCGUUUGAUAAAGCUUUUAAGUCACUCGUUCAUUAAACACUUGCUCCGCUCGUGCCAAAUAAGCUCGUGAAUCAAAUGCCGUUUAUCGCACUUGUUGCAUAAUAUACUAUUAUUACUUUGAAUUUACAAUUAAUUGUAUAAAUUGUGUUUAUUUGAUUUUUUAAAAGAACUUUCUGUAGAUUUUCUGAUACACCUUGUCUUAGUUGAAAAUGUAAUAAUUUUUAAUUGUUUUUUAAUAGGAUUAUUAAAAUGUUCAGCAUAUUUAUUUUGUUUUAAAACUUGUUUUAUUUUUUCAACAUUAUAUUGGUUUCGUGUACCAAUCAAUUUAAAUAGUCUUAUUUCUGGUUGUAUGUCAGAGUAUAUAUAAUCGGUUUUAUAAACGGAAUUCGUUGGGGAAAAUUAUUUAUUUGGUGGUUUUUUCUUUAACUUUUAAGUGCUUUCAUAACUAAAUUAGCAAUAACUGAAGAGAUUACUUCGCUCAUACUUGUAAAUGCAGAUGUAAGGCAAAAUUUAACACCUUCCACAAAACAACGCAGUGAAAGUGUUGCAUUUUAAUAGUGUACCAUCUUUUUUCAAUACAUUUGAGAGUUAAAUGAAUCGGUGUACUAGUAAAAAGUGGUACAACGUCCGACGUUGUAUACCUCAUGACAAAGGUGCUGGCUUUAUGCAUUUUACCAAACAUUAACUUCUUGAAAUUUUAAGUUUUUUAAUAUACAAAAGGAAUGAUCAACAACUUUUUACGUAUUAAUCAUAUCGAUGUUUUUUGUCCUGCUCGACAUGGAGGCAACACGCUUUAUGUUCAUCUUAAGUUUAUUUUAGAUGUUAGAGAACAAGUACGGUUUACUGGGUUCGUGAGGGAAUUCAAAUCAUUCUCACCAACAAGGAAGUACUUUGAACGAAUUCAAUUUUAGACACCAAAACCCGCGAUUAAACUUGCAUAGGGUCCAUUCUGUUUAUCUGGCCACAGUUCAGAGUGUUACUCUAUCUCAUGGUUCUGCCCUUGUAUUUUAUUUUGUCUUUGCUGAUUUUUAAGCCGGCCUGUUUAACCAAACUUGCCAAUUUGACUAACUUAAUUUGGAUAGUUAAAGACCCAUGUUAAAGAGUAGUGGCAACAGUGCAUCCUCUUAGCUACAAAGAAGACUGAGGUUUUCCCAAGGUCUGCCGUGGCAUUCCACAUUUCCACUCAUUAUACUGCCAUAAGCCUCUUGAAAUCAUGUAAUGGUAUGCUUUAUUUUAUUAACAGCAUUUAUUCUUUCUAUGUAACUCCUGUCUUCAAGAAUAUUCUGUUAAUGUGUGUUGCUUUCCUAUUCAAUAAUUGUUCUGUUGGACAUUUGCAGUAUCACAGGUCACGUUCCUGAGUUUCAGCUCUCUUACACAAUCACGAUCAAACGACUCUUUUUUCUUUAUAUUUGUAGUCCGUAUGGGCGUCAAUGUGGUCUCUAUAACCUCCUGGUAGCCAUGUUCCAUCUAGGUAUUCGCCCUGAACUUUUUAUUUUUCUGGCAAGAAAUUCUUGCAGGUAGCUUCGCUCUGCCCGGGAAACGGGAGCCGUCUGCGUCUAAACCUCGCAAUAAUGUUACUACCAUGUCUUGCACCUAUUAAAAUGUGGCCAAUCUGGUUUCUUGUAACACCAUCGUUCAAAACCCACGUCUGUUUAUAAAUACUUCAGGAUUCCUCCUGCGUCUGUUUUUGCUGAGUUGAAAUUGCUGACGUUUCGCCAAUCAUCCUGUUGGCUUCUUCCGAGCUUGACUGAAACUGGCUGGCAUUUUACUUUGUACCCUCUUAUAUAUUAUUUGAUUGGGGCGGAGCUAAAAGAAGGGCAUAAACACCGUCUCGGAUGACUGAUUCCCAUAUUGGUGACAGAUAAUGA